UAUUAAAAAUAUUUGUUUGAUAAAAGGCAUUUUUGUCUUAUAAUUAAAGUAAAUGGUCUGUCAUUCUCAUGGACAAAUUAGCACAGUUAAAGUAAUCAAUACAAUUUAUUCUAUACUAUAUAUUAAUUACUUAUGGUAUAUUUAAGUGAACUCCUUUCAUUUACACAUUUUCAUAGUUUUUCUUUGUAGUUAAAAUGAAGAGAAAAAACUCUAAGGACAUAAUGUCCUUUUUUUAGUUAGAAAAAUAAAGAUAAUAGUCAGUCAAGGCUGGAGAGAGAAGAUGCUUGUGAAAGAGUCAGAAAUACACAAAAGCUUAGAGAAUGAAGAAGGUCCAGAAGAACAGAGAACCCAUCAGCAAGGUGAUUUAGUUGUGGAGAGAGUCAGCAGACCUGGAGACAGAGAGCAGACAGACAGCAAUCUGUUGAGUGAGAGCAGUGAACAUCUUGAGCAAGAGGAGAAUAGAGAUGAGGCAGAGUGUGAGCGAGAGGAGCCCUGUGCUUCUACAAGCACAUCAUAUGAACCUUCAGGUUCUAGAUACUUAAUUGUUAUAAUUGUUUUUGACUACAAAAUUUGUUGAACAUGAAACAAACAUUUGAGUUGAACUUAUUUUAUUAGCUUAUUUGCUUAUAAAACAGAGUGAUAUAUGACAUAGUGAAAUGUGACUGAAAAAUAAUCCUGAAAAUAAAUGUUAGUGUGCCCCGUAAAAGCACAAGUGGCCCCUGCCUGGCCCCCCAGUUAGUGUACUCUAGAACCGCCACUGACUACCAGGGAUGUAACCUAAGGAUUCCACACAAUACAAUAUGUAUCUGUCUGCCACCAUGCUCACUUACCUUUACUCUAAUACUCUAAUACUAGUAUACACUAGAAUUAUGUGUGUAACAUAAUUCUAGUGUAUACCGCUGCCCUGAUAAACAGACGGCAUGAAAUAACAGCAAUCUGGACAUAUUUUUCACAAUUAAUGAUCAAAGCAGACUGCAAACUCUGCCCUGAGAAAGGAACAGGAAGAGCAACUACAACAUCUUCAUACAAUAUGAGUAAACUGAUAAAACAUCAAAUGGCAUUUAAACUGUUUUUUGUUUUUUUUAAGCAGAGUGUGAGGGAGGCCAACCUGAGUAUGCACAGCCAUGUCAGUUAGUGUGGUCAAUAUGAGAGACAAAAUAAAUUUUUAAGGUGACACUGAAUUUUUAAGACAACAAUUCAAUAUUUGAUACUACUGAAUCUGAUACGAUAUGAUAUAUUUCAGUUUAGUAGCCUUUGAUCAAUAUGUGACCAACUUUGCUCAGAAUCUGGGAUAGGCCUAAGUUAUGAAUCAUGAUGACGUAGACAAGGACUACUUUAAACAUCAGAGUUACAGGCAAAUCAUCUUGCUAACCUAUUUACACCUCAGUUUAAAAAUAUUCUUUUACACACCAGCUAUCUGUCCUUUUUUGAUAAUAAUUAGUUUAUAAUCAAAUAUAAUCGAUAAUAAUUGUUUUAUCAUUGUUGCAUUUUAACUCAAUGCAUCAAUCCAAGCCAUCUGAUCAUAUUUACACUGUAGAGAGAAAAAUGUUCUAUAUAUCUAUGUUCUAAAUAUUCUAUGUAGAACUUCUGAACUGCAUUGUUUAAUGAGAUAGAAUAACUAUACUGACAUCAUUUUAAGGCCCUUGUACAUAGCCCGUGUACUCUUUACUGCACAACAGUUUUGAAGUAAGUAGAUCUACAUGUAUGGCUAUUUUUUGGAUAAUUUUGUAGAAUUUAUUUUUUCUUUCUACCACAACAGUUUUACUGUUUUGGUCUUAACAGUAAAAUAGUUUCACCCACACUUAAGAUAGCUCCAGACUCCACCUCUCCAGAACAGCAAGUGUGAAGAAAACAUUUUAAUCUGCGACAUCUCUCUGCUAUUCGUUCCUACAAGGGAGAAGCAGCCUGACUUGUUACUCCUAUUUAUUUAUAGUACUACAACUUCAGAAGCCCUCAUCUUUAUAGAUUAUCUCAGGCUGGUAAUAGCAAAGAUUUUUAUAUAGUAAAGUUCUUCAGAAAAAAAAAAUUGAAGCACAAUGGAACGAGAGAUGGACUAUUGCACUCUUAUGAAAGGGAUUCAGGAGCUUGAUUUCCAAGGGAAUGCAGUGCCAAGUGACCUUGUGCUAAUAGGCAGCCAAGCCUUCCCACUCUCCAUGAACCCAAGAGGUCAGGUCCUAAUGGCUGCGUCUCGCUAUGGCCAAGGACGUAUAGUAGUGUUGGGACAUGAGGAGUAUUUAACACGUUUCCCAGGCCUGGUGGCGAAUGCCUUGACUUGGCUUAUGCCAUCUGAGUCUGUAAGCACAACGGUAGGCAUUCAAAAAAAUCUCAUUUCCCUUGCAGAGAAUUUAUCUUACUACCCUGUAAAAACUGAGCUAGGAGAUUUCCAAAAUGAGGGUUUAGCAGUCUAUGUCACCGAUGCAUACAGUGUUGAUUCAUGUGCCAAAGAAUUAGUAGCCUUCCUUAAAUCUGGAGGAGGCUUGCUCAUUGCUGGUCAGGCAUGGUACUGGGCUCAGACCCACCCAGGAGAGAAUACAUUACUCUGCUUCCCUGGAAACAAAGUGUGCAGUGUGGCAGGAAUCUAUUUCUCAGAGCUUACAGGGGAACUCGGCAAAUUUCCUGUGCCCAUGCAAAUUCCCUCGAGCUGGCUGGCAGUGUCGAUUGGUAAGGACUUCAAAGAUGACCUACAGUUCCUACUACAAGGUGUUUCAGAGUUUGAUGUUCGAGGUGGGGCUUUAGCAUCUGAAGUGAUGGCACAUGGACCCUUAGCCUUUCCUAUUGCACUUACCCCAUGUGGCAGAACAUUCAUUGCUGGGGCCUACUAUGGACAGGGGAGAAUAAUUGUGGCCACCCAUGAAAGUUUCCUUGGUCGUGAUUCACUGUCUAGCUUCUUGAUCAACGCUAUCCACUGGCUUGAUGAAGGGCGCAAAGGGGUUAUCGGGAUCAUGCCCCAACUUAAAGAUGCCCAUCGUGUUCUGAGCAAGUCAGGGCUAAAUUGUCAGUUCACAGGGUUUAGGGAAGACCUAAGUGUCUUUGUGUGUACCUCCUACAAUGAUUCUCAAUGUCAAGAGAUCCAGGAGUUUGUUGCUGAGGGUGGAGGUCUCAUGAUAGGAGGUCAUGCUUGGUACUGGGCACAGUCCAACCCUAAGCGCAAUGUGAUGACUGAUUGCCCAGGAAACCGUAUCCUCAGUAAAAUGGGACUGUGUCUCAUGGGUAAUACCUUGAAAGGUGACUUGUAUAAAGUCCGGCAAAUAACAGAAGAUGGGGAGAGUGGUACACAGGCAUACCAUUUCCGUGACUUGCUGCAGCGCUUUGCUAGCCAUGUCAUCCAGGGCCAGGACCUUACCAAACAUGAACAGGAACGUUUGCAGAAGCUGAGAAAUGAUUGCACAAAUUAUCUGCGCAUGCAGGCUCAUGAAAGCGCUUCCUAUACUUCAAUGGUUGCACUGCUGACAGAUAUGGUGAAAGAGGCAGGAGUUCCACAGGUGUGUCAUACAUGUCCUGUUCAAAGUACCAAAGAUAAAAUGAUGCUUCAUUUGGGAAGUGAGGUGUACAGGGUGUGCAAAGAUCCUGACGCACUUCUGCCAUUCAUCAUCACUGACAUACCCAGCCUACCUACAGUGGCCAAUGCAAGAGUCCGGAUCAGUGCAGACACAUCUGGUUGUGAAGAAUGGUUAAGUACAGGCCUGUAUCUUUCUCCUGGAAUGAGGACUUACAUUGCAGUACCUCAAGAAAUCAAAGGCAAAGGUUGGCAGCUGCAGAUUGGAUGUCAAACAGAUUGCUUGGGCGAAGCAAAUGUUCUGAAACGUGCUCCUGUAGUGUAUGAGCGAUUUGCUUUGGAGAAUGAGAUGCUGCAGGUCUGGAAUUUGUGGGGAGGCCUCAUAUACCUGAUUGCACCACCCAACAGCAAAGUGGAUGGGGUGGAGGUUGUUGUACAAACAUCCAUAAAAGCACCAUACUACAAGUCUGGACAAACCAGUGUAGAAGACUGGGUGAAGGAGAUCCGUGACGCACCAGCGCCUUGGGCAGAGCUUGAGUUUGAGAAUCUAAUCAUUACCUUACACUCAGAUAUCAUACGUAAACUGGACCGUCCUGAUGAGGUGGCGGCUCUCUGGGAUUCCAUCAUGAAGGGUGUGGCCGACUUAGCCGCAAAACCUGCCAAGUUUUCACGCAAGGAACGUUUUGUCGCUGAUGUUCAGAUCUCUCAUGGUUUCAUGCACGCUGGCUACCCUGUAAUGAUUCACUCCACCUCUGCCGCAGAACUCGUGAACCCAGAGACAGCUCGUACACGGGGUAUUUGGGGGGCCAUUCAUGAAUUAGGCCAUAAUCAGCAGCGCUCGGAGUGGGAGUUCCCUCCACAUACCACCGAGUGCACCUGUAACCUGUGGUCGGUGUAUGUGCAUGAGGAGGUGCUGGGGGUGAACAGGGCGACGGCUCAUCAGAACAUGUCUCCAGAAAACAGAAGGAUUCGUGCUGAGAAUUACGCUAAGGGAGGCAGGAAUCUGGAAAACUGGAGUGUCUGGACAGCCCUGGAGACAUACAUGCAGCUGCAAGAUAAAUUUGGCUGGGAUGCUUUCAAGAAAGUCUUUGCAGCCUAUCACAGCAUCAGUAACGUCCCAAAAGACCGAGAUGGAAAGAUGAACUUGUACGCUGCAACAUUCUCAAAGGCGGUGAACAUGAAUCUGGCUUCUUUCUUCAAAGCCUGGGGUUGGCCCAUUCAGCCAUGCACUGAGGAAACGCUCAGCAGUCUGCCGGAGUGGAGUGACCAUCCCAUGGCCCAGUAUGCUUAAUCCCCCAAUUCCAGUAUGCUUAAUCCCCCAAUCCCAGUAUGCUUGAUGUCCCAGUGCUAGUAUGCUUGAUACCCCAGUUGCAGUAUGCAUGAUUGCCUAAAACUGAAAGCUUGGUAUUUUUUUUAUUUUAUUAUUUUUUUUGGGUGUUGGUGGCCUGGGUCUAAAUAUUAUGGUGAUAAACAUAUGAGUGAAAAUAAUUCUCAGAGGCAUAUAUAUAUAUAUAUA